GCCGCAGGAAGGUGGGGGGAGUGGGUGUGAGAGAGACAGACGUGGGCUUGUUUUUCUAGUUGCUUAAUAUACAUGUAGGCUGGAAGGGAGGACGUUUCCUUGAUGUACUUGGGAAGGGAGGAGGAACGAAUGCCUGCCGGAUCUCACAGCUACAGUAGCUGCGGCUUUUGUUUAUUCCGAGGCGCUUACGAUUUUUCAGUCUGCGGUGCAAGAUAGUGAGACGCUUCCCUUCUGGACAUCGAAGCGCGUCUCAGCACCAUCUCCUUGAGAAAGCAUCGUUUUCGUGAGUGCUGGGGCAACCGGCCUUUUCCUUUUUCCUCCUGUUCUCUUCUUUCCAGUGCAUCUCAAGUUCCAAAGUAUGUGCAGUGGUACAGAAGUUGCAUGAUUUCGGUGCUGACUUUGGAUUACAUCUGAAACACUAGGAAUGGUAAUUUCCACUUUUCGGGACCUCAGAACCAAGAAGCUGAAGAGAAUCCCUAUGUAAUAAAGUGAAAUCUCUUCUGUUGUCCUUUGGCAUUUGGAAACUUCUUUAUUUCACCAUACACAAGGAGUCUAUAACUAGUGCAGUCAUUAUGAAUGUGACAAGUUUAUUUUCCUUCACAAGUCCAGCUGUGAAGAGACUCCUUGGGUGGAAACAGGGUGAUGAAGAAGAAAAAUGGGCAGAGAAAGCUGUUGACGCUUUGGUGAAAAAGCUGAAAAAAAAGAAAGGUGCCAUGGAGGAACUGGAAAAGGCCUUGAGCUGCCCGGGGCAGCCAAGUAACUGUGUCACCAUUCCCCGCUCUCUGGAUGGCAGGCUGCAAGUUUCCCACCGGAAGGGACUGCCUCAUGUCAUUUAUUGCCGCGUGUGGCGCUGGCCCGAUCUUCAGAGCCACCAUGAACUAAAACCACUGGAAUGCUGUGAGUUUCCUUUUGGUUCCAAGCAAAAGGAGGUGUGCAUCAAUCCCUACCACUAUAAGCGAGUAGAAAGCCCUGUUCUUCCUCCAGUGCUGGUUCCAAGACACAGCGAAUAUAAUCCUCAGCACAGCCUGUUAGCUCAGUUCCGUAACUUAGGACAAAAUGAGCCUCACAUGCCACUCAACGCCACUUUUCCGGAUUCUUUCCAGCAACCCAACAGCCAUCCGUUCCCUCACUCCCCCAGUAGCAGCUACCCCAACUCUCCUGGAAGCAGCAGUGGCACCUACCCGCACUCGCCCACCAGCUCAGACCCAGGAAGCCCUUUCCAGAUGCCAGCUGAUACGCCCCCGCCCGCUUACCUGCCUCCCGAAGACCCCAUGACCCAGGAUGGCUCUCAGCCAAUGGACACAAAUAUGAUGGCACCUUCCCUGCCCUCAGAAAUCAACAGAGGAGAUGUUCAGGCGGUUGCUUAUGAGGAACCCAAACACUGGUGCUCUAUUGUCUACUAUGAGCUCAACAAUCGUGUGGGUGAAGCGUUCCACGCCUCCUCCACAAGUGUGUUGGUGGAUGGUUUCACCGAUCCUUCCAACAAUAAGAACCGUUUCUGCCUCGGGCUGCUGUCCAACGUUAACCGGAAUUCCACUAUCGAAAACACCAGGCGGCACAUUGGAAAAGGAGUACAUCUUUACUACGUGGGAGGGGAAGUGUAUGCCGAAUGCCUCAGCGAUAGCAGCAUCUUUGUGCAGAGUCGGAACUGCAACUACCACCAUGGAUUUCACCCCACUACUGUCUGCAAGAUCCCUAGUGGGUGUAGUUUGAAAAUCUUCAAUAACCAAGAAUUCGCUCAGUUAUUGGCACAGUCUGUGAACCACGGCUUCGAGACAGUCUAUGAGCUCACUAAAAUGUGCACUAUCCGCAUGAGCUUUGUAAAGGGUUGGGGAGCAGAGUACCACCGCCAGGAUGUUACUAGUACCCCCUGCUGGAUUGAGAUCCACCUGCACGGCCCCCUCCAGUGGCUGGAUAAAGUUCUUACUCAGAUGGGUUCACCUCACAAUCCUAUUUCAUCUGUGUCUUAAACGGCCUCAGGCUUCUGCCUCUUGAAAACUAUUGAGCCUUGCAUGUACUUGAAGGAUGGAUGAGUGAGUCAGACGUGAUCAAGAACUGACAAAGGAGCCUUGAUAAUACUUGACCUCUGUGACCAACUGUUGGAUUCAGAAAUAAAAAAAAACCUUGGUAACAUACUGUCGAUAUCAAGAACCCGUUUAGUUUACAUUGUAACGUUCUAUGGUAAAGUCAACUAAAAUUCAUACUUUUUAGCAGGACUUCAUGUAGAGUUAAAGGAGAGAUGGCCAAGCCAGGGACAAAUUAUCUAUCGGAGAAACGAUCCUAAGAGAUUCUUUUGUGUUUGGCACUUUAAGGUCAUCGUUUGGCAAAAGUUUAGCAUUAAUAGUCUCUCUGAAGUGUGUUUUUUAUCAGGUUUAGAACCCAUGUUGUGUCUUCUCUUCAUGGGUUUUCAUAAUAUUUUAAAACUAUUUGUUUAGCAAUGGUUUUUGUUUUUUAAGUAAAGUUUAGUCUUGAUGAUAUACAUGGUAAUCUUUCUAAAAUUGUAUGCUGACCAUACUGCUGUCAGAAUAAUGUUAGGCAUAUGCUCUUUGCUAAAUAUAUAUGUACAGAAUAUUUGGAAGUUAAGAGUUGAUUAGACUAGUGGAUUUAGGAGUAUUUGAGGGGGGUGGGGAAGAGGGAAAUGACAACUGCAAAUGUAGAAUAUACUGUAAAGAGUCAGUUUGUUGCUUUCAAGAAACAAACUGAUGUCUGAAUUUUGCUGUGUUUCAAUUUUUUAGAGAUUUUAUCCUACUUUUUUUUUUCGUGUCUUCUAUCCCUUCCUCUCCAAAAAGCAGUUAUGCAGCUGGUUCAUUCAUACAACUGUGAGAGCAAAUGAGUAAUUCCUGCUACUCUGAAACCGACUGCCUGUAUGUUUCGACACCAAUUGUAUGGAGUGCUUGAAUGUAAUAAGCAGUUUUUAUGGAGUUUACAGAAAUGGGCUUUAAUUUUCAAGUGAAUUGUUUGCCAAACCUAGUAACUGUUUAAUAUUUGGAGGAUUUAAAGAACAUCCCUGUUUAAAUCCAUUUCAGACUUUUUAAAUUUUUUUGUACUAUGUUUGGUUUUAUUUUUCUUCUGCUAAUCUUUUAUAUUCACUUAUGCUCUCGUACAUUGAGUACUUUUAUUCCAAAACUAGAGGGUUUUCUCUACUGGAAAUUUUAAAUAAACCUGUCAUUAUUGCUUA